GCAUGGAUUCGAGCUGUUCGAAGAGAUGUUGGUCGCCACUUCAGGAUAUUUUGGCACACGAGGGUUUGCUCGAGACACUUCAAGGAUUCAGAUUUUCAGAGCACACUUGCUGGCAGAAGAACACUUCAUCCUACCGCUGUUUCUUCCAUUUUUUCGUGGAAGAAAGAUUCUCCUAAGAAGCGAAAACCACCAAAACCCCGGUAUGUAUUCUCUAAAGCGGGGCCUCAAGUUGCCAACGAAGAGCUCGAGGUAAAUAGUACAAGCUUAAAUGUUGACAAGGUUGCCGACGAAAAGCUCGAAGUAAAUACAUGUAACACUAGCUUGAAUGUUGACAAGGCGUACGAAGUCCUAGCGGUCGAUUGUACUUUUCAAGAGUCUAGAACUUCGCAAGAAGAAAGCAUGUGAAUUAAAUGAAAAGACAAGUAGUGGACUUGAUUAAUAAACUUGAAGAACAAAAGGAGAAAACAAAUGGCCUGGUGAUAGAGCUGAGUGAAGUAAAACAACAACUUGUCAACUUGACGUCCCGGUACAAUGACUUGGAGAAGAAAUCUUUUCCCUUAGAUCUGUUUAGAAAUUGUAAGUCUAAGGGGUUUUACGAAAUAUUUGAUGCGUUAUACAAUUUAUGUGACCCUGGUGAGAAUGGCGAAAAUAUUCGUUAUUGGCACUCAUCAUCUACAGGCCAGGAUAGAACUGUUCUUAGUGAAAAUGAUGAAUACACAGAAACAUUUCCAAAGCCUGGAAGACCAAGGUUACUGCAUCCUAAGGAGGAACUUUUUAUUACUUUGUGUAGAUUAAGACAAGGUUUCGCAGAGGAACAUCUUGCUCAUCUCUAUGGAAUAUCUCUAACUACAAUAAGCAGGAUAAUAAUAACCAGGGUCAACCUUUUAUAUUUAAGGCUUAAGGAUGUACCCAUGUGGCCCUCUAGAGAAAAGGUAAACAAACACAUGCCAGAGCAGUUUAAAGAAAAAUACCGGUAUCCCUUGACUAGAAUAACAAUAGAC